AUGCCUACGUUCAACACCACCUCCCCAGAGCUAGGCCUCGACCGCCACAUCUCGUCCCCCAUCUCGUCCCCCAUCGUCGAGCAAUAUGUCUACCCUACCUUCAUCGCCGUCGCCUGGUGCAACGCCAUCGACCUGAUCGUGCUGUGCUUCAACACCUUCAAGCGCUACUCCGGCCCCUACUUCUGGUCUCUCCUCGUGGCCUCCUUCUGCAUCAUCCCCUUCGGCCUCGGGUACAUCCUCAAGAUCUACGACAUCACCUUCACGAACUACUUCCUCGAGAUCGCCAUCCUCGAUCUCGGAUGGUCGGGCAUGGUCACGGGCCAGUCGCUCGUCCUCUGGUCGCGGCUGAACCUGGUGCUCGAUAACCCGCGCGCGCUGAAAGCGCUGCUCUGCCUGAUCGUCGUGGACGGCGCGGUACUGCACUCGUCCAGCACGGCGCUCGAGUUCGCGGUGAACGCGCUGCCGGGGUCUGACGGCGUGGCCACCGCGUUCGGGGUCAUGGAGCGCGUGCAGCUGGUGGGGUUCUGUCUGCAGGAGCUGCUGCUUUCCGGGCUGUAUAUCUACAAGGCUGUGCCGCUGCUCAAGAUGGAUUCGGACCCGCGCUCGCACAGCGUGCUGGUGCAGCUGAUUGUCAUCAAUGUGGUUAUCAUGGCGUUGGAUGUCUCCGUCGUGGUCGUCCAGUAUCUCGGUUUCUUUACCUUCCAGGUUACCUUCAAGGCGUUGGUGUAUAGCAUCAAGCUGAAGCUGGAGUAUGUUAUUCUGGGCCGGUUGGUUGAUGUCGCGCGGAUACGGACGCCGGGUGCGGCUCGGAUGAGGUUAUAG